CAGUCUCCGACACCCUCCACGCGAAAACUCCGCAACCAGCCAUCCCCAAACCGCCAAUACACCACAAUGGCUUCCACAAUGCGGCCCAUGAGCCGAAUUCUCACACGGGCAUCCCGUUCCACCCUAUUCCCCAUCGAACGCACCGCGACCCAGACCGCGCUCAGAACCACCACCACCAGCCCCAUCUCCCGCCUCAGCUCCAACAAUGCCAUCCUAUCCUCCACCCGCUCCUUCUCAACCUCGCCUGCUUGUCUGCGCGCUCGCACAAUGGGCCAAAUGAAGGCCCGGCACUCGACGGGCCCGUUCUCAUGGAAAUCGGCGCUGCUGUUCGUGCUGACGGGCGGAGGCAUGAUUAUCUAUUUCCGGGUCGAGAAGGAGAGAUUGGAGAGGAAGCGUAUCGCGGAGAUGAGUAAGGGAGUGGGGAAACCGAGAGUGGGAGGUCCGUUUACGUUGAAGGAUCUGGAUGGGAAGGAGUUCACCGCAGAGGAUUUGAAGGGGAAGUAUGCUUUUGUGUAUUUCGGAUUCACUCAUUGCCCUGAUAUCUGCCCCGAUGAGUUGGAUAAGAUGGCGGAGAUUAUUGAUAAGGUGAAGGAGGCUACCAAGGGCGAAAAUAUCUUCCUGCCGGUGUUUAUUACGUGUGACCCGGCGAGAGAUACGCCUGAGGUGCUGCGCGAGUAUCUUAAGGAGUUUCACCCGGGGAUUAUCGGCUUGACGGGAACGUAUGAUGAGGUGAAGAAUGUUUGCAAGCAGUAUCGGGUGUACUUUAGUACGCCGAGGGAUAUUAAGCCUGGGGAGGAUUAUUUGGUGGAUCAUAGUAUUUAUUUCUAUCUUAUGGAUCCCGAUAAUGACUUCGUCGAGUGCAUUGGUCGUCAAGACACGCCUGAGACGGCCACGAGGACGAUCAUGGAACACAUCAAUGACUGGAAGCGGGAGGGAAAGCCGCUCAGGAAGGACUGAUUCGUCUCACUGGGCGUGUAUCAUAGACAAUACCCUACUCUGUGACUGUAAAAUAAGACUGUCAAUUAGCAUCACUCCAUUCCAUUCCAUUCAGC